AUGAAACAAGACCUUUUUCAUGAUUUACGGCGGUUGAUUGUCGCACGCCGCAGCACACCUGCCGCACCUGCAUGCAGCAUAUCCCAGAUGCCUCCAACAAAAGAUGACGACCCGCAGCGGCCGACCUGUGCCUUCCAGGACGUCUACAGCCGCUACACAGACCUAUUACACAGCCACGUGCUCGCAGCUCGCGACCUCUACCUCUACUACAACGGCGAUGCCGACGGCCCCUCGCCGCGCGCCGACUUCUCCGCCACGUACAACACGCUGAUGAGCUGCCUCGCGGACGGCCGCAAGCUCGUGUUCGUCGCCUGCGGCAAGUCCUUCCGCAUCAUCGCCAAGACUGUCGCCACCUGCCACUCGCUCGGCAUCCCCGCCGCCGUCCUCCACCCCACCGAGGCCAUGCACGGCGACAUCGGCAUCGUCGCCGACGGCGACGCCCUGCUGCUCUGCUCCCACUCCGGCGAGACUGACGAGCUCCUGCACCUCGCCGCCUACCUGCGCAGCGCGCGCCUCGCACCCGCCAGCCCGCUCAUCGCCGUCACCGGCGAUCCCGCCUCGACGCUGGCCCGCCGCGCGCAUCACGUGAUCACCGUCUUCCAGCCCCCCCACCUGCGCGAGCGCGUCGUCCAGGACGGCCUCAACGCCCCCACCAUCGCCACCACCCUCAUGCUCCUCGCCCUCGACUGCCUUGUGCUCGCGCUCUCCGACGGGGGCUCGCCCUGCGCCCGUCGCCGCCGCGCAGACGCCUUCGCCGCCCGCCACCCCGGAGGCAGCAUCGGCUCACACGCCGCUGCGCCGGCGCCCGAAUACCCCGAGCAGUCGGCUGCCCGCGCCGCCACAGUAGCCCACUACGCCGGCUCCGAGACGCUGCCCGAGUUCCUCCACAUGAUCGUCACGCACGACUACGUCCGCGUGCGCGGCCACCUACACUCCGCGACCGCGCUUCGGCAUCGCUACGCACGCGCGUCCCGCGACGGAAUCCCCUGGACGCAAAUCAUGUCUGACCUGUAA